AUGGAAGCAAUUAAGUCGGAAGUCAAAAAGUUUAUUGACUCAGGCUUUAUCAGAGAGGAACAACACUCUGACUGGGUUGCUAAUAUCAUUCCCGUGCCCAAGAAAAAUGGCAAGGUCCGAAUCUGUAUUGACUUUCGUGACUUUAAUGCUGAUAGAGAUUGCCAAAAGGCAUUUGAGGAGAUUAAAAGAUAUCUCACUCAACCACCUGUUCUUGUGGCCCCGAUAUCAGAGAAACCUUUCCUGGAAUACGUGAGAGCCAUGGAUCAUUCUCUUAGAGCUUUAUUAGCUCAGAAUAAUGACCAAGGACAUGAGCAAGCAAUCUACUACCUUAGCAGAACCAUGAUUGGCGCCGAACAUUGGUACAAUCUAGUGAAAAAGGAGUGA